AAACACAGAUUGCAUAUUUUUUAUUUAACUGUAAUCUGCAUGUACCUUGUCUUUCAGUUGAAAAAUGGUGUGAAAAGAAAAGCAGACACUACUACCCCUUCUGCCUCUUCCAUCUCCAGCUAUGAGUCGUCCUCUUGUGUAACAGAACCAAAAGUCCUUAAGUUAUUCUCCAGGCGAGGCAGCGGCCGACCCAUCAAACCUCCCUGUAAAGACCUUCCUGAAUCACCACCACAGCAUCAGGUGGGCAGAAGGAACAAACUCUCAGAGAGACUCAAAUACUGCAAUGCCAUCCUGAAAGAGAUGUUUGCCAAAAAGCAUUCUGCUUACGCCUGGCCCUUUUAUAAGCCUGUGGAUGCAAAGGGACUGGGCCUUCUUGAUUAUCAUGAAAUCAUUCACCAACCUAUGGAUAUGAGUACCAUCAAAAAAAAGAUGGAAGCUCGUGAGUACACCGAUGCAUUGCAAUUUGCUGCAGAUAUGCGGCUCAUGUUCUCAAACUGCUACAAAUACAAUCCACCUGGUCAUGAGGUAGUGACCAUGGCAAGGAAACUUCAGGAUGUUUUUGAGUUUCGGUUCUCCAAGAUUCCUGACGAGCCGAGGAAUUCAGCUCCAGCCUCUAGUCAGAACAGAGUAAGGAAGGAGAGAACACACAGUCCGUCCAGCUCUGAGAGCAGUGACAGCGAAUCAUCAUCUCCAUCUGAAAAGUCCUCCGACACAGAAGAGGAUGAAGAGGAGAGAACGCAAAGGCUCGCCAGCCUGGAGGAACAGCUGAAAGCAGUACGAGAGCAGCUCCAGUUACUGACCCAAACACCUCUCCUGAAACCAAAGAAAAGGGAAAAGUCCAAGAAGAAAAGGAAGAAAGAGAGCGAGUCCAGUAAACAAAAAGGUGAAGAAAUUAAGAAACCGGCAAAAAUGCAGAAGAGGUCCAACAGCAAGUCGGCAGGGUGGAAGGAGAGCAGAGCAUAUGACUCUGAGGAAGAGAUGAAUGCUUUACCCAUGUCUUAUGAGGAGAAACGGCAGCUGAGUCUAGACAUUAACAAGCUUCCUGGAGACAAGCUUGGCAAAGUAGUGAAUAUCAUCAAAGCCAGAGAACCCUUGCUCAGGGACACAGACCCUGAGGAGAUCGAGAUCGACUUUGAGACUCUCAAGCCAUCAACCCUUCGAGCUCUUGAGUGUUAUGUUGUCGCUUGCCUCCAAAAGAAACUGAAAGAAACUGACAAAAAGAAGCUCCAGAAGAAGUCUAAAAUCAAGGAAAUGGACAAAGAGCUACAACACACGAAUGAAGAAUCAAAUGAUAAAAAGGCCAAAAUUGAAGCUUUAGGGGAGUUUAAAGAUGCGAGCCAUCCGUCUUGUUUGAGUGAUAGCAGCAGCAGCAGCAGCUCGUCCAGCUCCGACAACAGUUGUAGUGACUCUAGCUCCUCUGAUAGCUGUGACUCUGAUUCAGACCAGAAAGCUAAGAGGAAGCAAAGCAAAGCCCCUGGCCAUGCCCACAAAAAUAAAAACAAGGCAUCGCGGCAGGCCGUUGCUGAGGUAAAGGAUUCUUCUUCUGCCUCAGUCGUGACGUGCCAGUCUCGUCCAGCGUCACUAGUCUCAGAGGAAGACUCCAAAGACAUGUUUGCGUCACAACAAGCAAAGCAUCCUGCAGAGGACAUCAUCAUGGCAAUCCCAGCAUUACACAGCCGACUGCCGCCUCAGCCAUCCAGACCUAGUGACAAAGCUGCUCCGCUACCUCGUAAAACCUGGACUGCCCCUUUACCACUCAACCUACCUCCAGACCAGGCCACCAGUCCUUUAUGUAACACUUCUGCCUCAUCCCCCCGUAAUGACAACACAGCCACCUCACCCAAAUGUUCCCACGUGUCGAUCCCCCCACACCCACCCACUUCACUCCUUUCAGACCCGUUGUUCCCCCGUAGUCCCUUGCUCGAUCCUCUUGACCCGCAGGUCUCUCGGGUUGGCCCCCCAUCGCCUGCUGCCGCAGAAAAGCCUCCAUAUAAGUCUGAGCAGGAAGGCGUCCCUCCUCUUCUGUCACCUCUGACCUCACCUCCUGCAGCCAUGCCCGUCAUAGGAUGUCAGCCUACCUCCAGCUCUCAGUUUGAGCAAUGUAGAUUGUUGUCACCUCUGCAUGAGAGUCCAUUAACCAACAUGAGGGAUGAGCAAAGCUGCCCGGAGACACUGGAAGAGCCCUCUGUUCAGCUGCACAAAAUGCAUGGAGCCAAGGACGAUGGCAGUGAACUAUGCAAGCCCAUUCAAGAUACCAAAUCCAACCUGCCUAAAAAGGAUAUUGUCCUAAAGCAUGCAGACUCCUGGACAAGCCUGGGUAAGAUGGCUACUCAAACUCCUUGCCCAAUCAAAUCAUCCAAGGAAAGUUUCCAGCAGUUUCGCAAAGUAGCCAUGGAGAAAGAGGAACGAGAGAGAGCUCGUAAACUGCAGAUUGAAGCUGGUCGAGAGAAGAGCAACUCCAACAAAAGCGGUCUGACGCAGCAGCUCCAGAAAACCGAGCUGGACUGCCCGCCUUCAAAGCCAGAAGUGGAGUCAGCAGAGCUGCUCCUGAUGGCGGCCAUCUUGGAUACCCCCAAAGCCCCUGAGCCCUGCUCUCUUCCACAGAGCUCUGUAGACCGAGAACGAGAGAUGGCUCGCAAGAGAGAGCAGGAGCGCCGUAGGAGAGAGGCUAUGUCUGGAGUCAUUGACAUGACCAUGCAGAGUGACAUAAUGGCAACCUUUGAGAAGAACUUGGAUUGAUAUAUAAACAAAUAAAAAAAAAUGUGCUUGUGUAUUGCGCUACUGUUCGGUGAACAGUGUAGGCCGUCUUUUCCCUUCCCAGACUUGCUCCAUGAGUCCUGGCGACUGAAACGGGUCUUUAGUCUUUUGACGGGCAAAAAUACUGCAAUACAGCUGCAUCACUUUACAUUUGUACUAAAUUAGCUCUUGUACAAAUAAGAAAACCGUCAAGGACUGACGGUCGUGUAUGAUGUUGUAAGACCAAUAUUUGCUCCAUUAAUAGUGUUGAGUGUAUAUUCUUGAGUUUUCGUUAUUUGGAUCCGUUUGAAGCUUGGAUACAGAAAUGCCUGAACUGAAAUGCUGCCGAUUGUCUGAGGUAGUUUGGAAAGAGAAACAUGUCUGUGGUUUCACAACAGUUUUUGUGUUCUUUAACAUGGUUAGUUUUUUUUUGUUUUUUUUAUACUGAAGAAUGUUUACUUCUCUUGAUUAUUAUUGCUAUCUGAUUCUUUGACACAUUCCAUCGACACUUCUGCUGUAUGAAUAUUGCAUAGCUGGUCUUCUUGCACUAGCUGUUGUGAGAACUGUAAAGGAUAUUCCUGUGCAGGGCCCUGUCCCUGUUUAUCCUACUAGCUGGUAAUUCAUGUAUUUGACGUAAAGCAGCAAUUUAAACAGAAAAUAUGCUGGCUGCGUUAAACCUGUCCUGUUUAAGUUCUAUCUUUUUAUAUAUAUAUAUAUAUAUAUAUAUAU